AUGUCCUCGGCAUCUGCAGCAGCAGCUCCUCCACGAAACCCUCCCUUCCGGGCCGAACACAUCGGCUCCCUCCUCCGACCCGACCACCUCGUCAAGAAACGCUACGAGGUCGCGGCGGGCACCGCCAAACCGGAGGAACUCGUCCCCAUCGAACAAGAGGCGAUCAAGGAGGUUGUGAAAUUGCAGCAGGAUUGCGGGAUUGAGAGCAUCACGAAUGGAGAGUAUUCGCGGCAUCAGUUUUGGGGCACGUUUAUGGAGACGUUGAAUGGGAUGGAGGAGAUUAAUCUUAGGGAGGGAGGGUAUGAUCAGAGUAUCUUCAGAGCGUACGCACCAGAUGUGAAAUCCUUCAUGCACGAAAAAACCAUCCCCAACCAAGUCACCGUUGCCACAGGCAAACUCUCGCACACCGGAAAAUCCACCUUCCUCCCCGAACUCCAAUAUCUCCAAUCCAUCCUCCCCAAAGAAAAACACAAAAACAUCAAACUCACCCUCACCUCCCCCUCGUGGUACCACUUCCGCUACGGCCCCGGCAAAGCCUACCUCCCGGGCGUCUACGCCACCGACGACGAAUACUUCUCGGACCUCGCGAAAGCGUACCAAACGGAGCUGAAAAUUCUGUACGAUGCGGGACUCCGAAACGCACAGAUCGACGACCCGAACCUGGCGUAUUUCUGCUCCGAAGCCAUGCUCGCGGGGUGGAGGGAGGACAAAGAGAAUUUCCAGACGGCGGACGAGCAAUUUGAUGCGUAUGUCAAGUUUUAUAAUGCCUGUAUUGGGAAGAGGGAGAGGGAUUUCCAUCUGGGGAUUCAUCUGUGCAGGGGGAAUUAUAUGGGUUCGAAGCAUUUCAGCGAGGGGGCGUAUGAUCGGAUCGCGCGGAAACUUUUCAAUGAGCUGGAUGUCUCGACAUACUACCUGGAGUACGACACGCCCCGGGCGGGCGGGUUCGAGCCGCUGAAGUAUCUGCCGGCGGGGAAGAGGGUUGUGUUGGGGGUUGUGACGAGUAAGUUUCCCGAGUUGAAGGAUGUGGACGAGAUGGUGGGGAGGGUAGAGAAGGCGGUGCGGGUGAUUGUGGAGGGGACGGGGAGGAGUCGGGAGCAGGCUUUGGCGCAGUUGAGUGUUAGUCCGCAGUGUGGGUUUGCUAGUCAUGCCGAGGGGAAUAGUUUGGGUUGGGGGGAUAUGAAGAGGAAGUUGGAGUUGGUGAGGAGGGUUGCGGAGAGGGUUUGGCCUGGGGAGGCGUGA